CAGCAUCAUCCAGUGGGCGGGACUAAAGCGGAAGGUGCGGCGCUUGGCUUGAGCUGACAUUCGUGUGCGUUGCGGAGGAAGUUGAGCUCUCAAAACAGCCAAAACACUCGCUCAACCGCGACGGAUACGAGACAGAAAAAUACAGGAGUCGUUUAGAUGAGAUAAGUGCAUAUUUGCGUUGCAAUCUGUCGCCGUUUUUUUUUUAAAUGUAAUCGCUGUUGUUACGUGUAUUUACAUAACCAGCUUUCCCCGGUGUUGUGGCGGGGGCAUUACCAUCGAAUUGCAAACUCGAUCAGAGCAUCGCUCGUUGCAACUCUGUUAAAGAGCGUGUGUUUUUGCCGCAUAUCUUUGCAACAACAAUCUUAAAUCGGCUGAACUGUCCCUCUUUUUUUGCCCCCGUUUUCGACAAACAAGUUAUACAACGAGGCGGCCUUGGCGGCCAUCCGCGCAGGUCCUAGGCCCCGCCGGGUUGCCUUUCACGUUGCCUCUUGAGGGCCAAAUGGUUCAGACUCUGACGCAUUCUAAAUUCUUCGUCAGGAUGGAAAAGGUUUUAUUAGAGCAAGGUUAACUCCUGCACGCCUCGGCCACCCUAUUUACAAAUUGGAACAAAUCGACUUUCCUUUUAGUUGGUAUUGGGCCUGGAUUUGUGUCAGUGUAAGCAAGCCGUAUUUCCAAAAAUAAAAGGACAUUUCCAAGCUUGAGGCCUCCAUCCAUUUGAGUGAUGGUCGUGAAUACGAUCCACUGGUUCAGGAAGGGCUUGCGGCUCCACGACAACCCGUCCCUCAAGGAGUCCCUGCUUGGGGCAGACACCGUCCGCUGCAUCUACAUCCUCGACCCCUGGUUCGCUGGUUCGUCCAACGUGGGCAUCAACAGGUGGAGAUUCCUGCUGCAAAGUCUGGAGGACUUGGACUCGAACCUGCGCAAGCUCAACUCGCGUCUCUUCGUGAUUCGGGGCCAGCCCACCGAUGUCUUUCCCAGACUCUUCAAGGAGUGGAACAUAUCCCGCCUGUCUUACGAGUACGACUCGGAGCCCUUCGGGAAGGAGCGUGAUGCCGCCAUCAAGAAGCUGGCCUCUGAGGCCGGUGUGGAGGUGACAGUUCGCAUUUCGCACACCCUCUACGAUCUUGACAAGAUCAUCGAGUUGAACGGCGGUCAGUCGCCGCUCACCUACAAGCGCUUCCAGACCCUCAUCAGCCGCAUGGACGCCGUGGAGGUGCCCGCCGAGUUCAUCACCGCCGACGUGAUGGGGAAGUGCGCCACGCCGCUCUCCGACGACCACGACGACAAGUUCGGAGUGCCGUCGCUGGAGGAGCUGGGUUUCGAUACCGAGGGCUUGUCGUCGGCCGUGUGGCCCGGCGGGGAGUCCGAAGCCCUCACGCGACUCGAGAGGCACCUGGAGAGGAAGGCGUGGGUGGCCAACUUUGAGCGCCCCCGCAUGAACGCCAACUCGCUCCUGGCCAGCCCCACCGGCCUCAGCCCCUACCUGCGAUUCGGCUGCCUCUCGUGUCGCCUCUUCUACUUCAAGCUCACCGACCUCUAUCGGAAGGUGAAGAAAAACAGCUCGCCACCACUGUCGCUGUACGGGCAGCUGCUGUGGCGCGAGUUCUUCUACACGGCGGCCACCAACAACCCGUGCUUCGACAAGAUGGAGAGCAACCCCAUCUGCGUGCAGAUCCCGUGGGACCGCAAUGCCGAGGCGCUGGCCAAGUGGGCCGAGGGACGCACCGGCUUCCCCUGGAUCGACGCCAUCAUGACGCAGCUGCGCCAGGAGGGCUGGAUCCACCACCUGGCCCGGCACGCCGUUGCCUGCUUCCUGACCCGCGGAGACCUGUGGAUCAGCUGGGAGGAGGGCAUGAAGGUGUUCGAGGAGCUGCUGCUAGACGCCGACUGGAGUGUGAACGCCGGCAGCUGGAUGUGGCUCUCCUGCAGCUCCUUCUUCCAGCAGUUCUUCCACUGCUACUGUCCCGUGGUGUUCGGCCGGCGCACCGACCCCAACGGCGACUACAUCCGCCGCUACCUGCCCGUGCUGCGGGGCUUCCCGGCCAAGUACAUCUACGACCCGUGGAACGCGCCGGAAGCGGUGCAGAAGGCGGCGCGCUGCAUUGUGGGCGUGCACUACCCGAAACCCAUGGUCCACCACGCCGAGGCCAGCCGCGUCAACAUCGAGCGCAUGAAGCAGAUCUACCAGCAGCUGUCCUGCUACAGAGGUCUCGGGCUGCUGGCGUCCGUUCCCUCCACCUCCAACGGAAACAAUAAGCCCUCCUCAGACGUGAUGGGGUACUCGGUUGAAGGUCCUCACGAUGCCGCCGCCUCUGCCGCCGUGUCUUCCGGCUAUCCCAUGCCAGGUCAGUCGCAGGCCGACUGGCAGAGCAGCGGCGCCAUGAUGUACCUGCAGGGAGACUCCCAAGCCGGCGUUGCUGCGCAUCAGCAAGGCUACGUCAGCUCCAGCAUGAUGUGCUACGCUCAAGGCAACCGCCAGAGUCCCAUGCUUCAAAAAGGGCUUGAGCAUCACUCCAGUGGUGCGCCGAUGAGCAGCAAGCGUCACUGCGAAGACUCCGGAAACGGCAAAAGCUCCAAAGUCCAAAGACACUAAACCACAGGAGAGAAAAAAAAAAAGAAUCUCCACGUGGUGACGCCCUCACUUGCCAUGAAGUCAUCAAAUUUGUAUUAUAAAUGUGGCAAAUUUGUAUUAUAAAUGUGGACAUCCCGGGAGCAUCACACUUUUUCUUCUUCGGGUGUGAACACAAAGUCGUCAUGUAUAUAAUGAACUUUCCAAAAUUCACAUACAACUUGUACAUAUUUGACUAUUGUGUGUGUGUCUUCUCUCUUUGUGUAGCAUCAUAGAUCUAUUAUAUAUAUUUUUGAUAUGAUACCAAAAAAAAAAAAAAAAGUUUCAUAAAACAUCUUCCUGUGCGACUCAUGCCUCGUUUGGGCCUAUGUAACAACAAAGUGUUUUCGUGCUAGUUGACUGACUGGUUGUGUUUUCCACUGUAGAUGCAAACUUACUAUGACCUUGGUAUAACCUUUUUUCCCCCACAAUUCACAUCAUUGUAUCAGUGUAUUAUGACCCCCACCCACUACUGUAAACAACUGCUUCUAAAUGUUUUUUUUUUUUUUUUUUUUAUUAAAAUGACAUAAAAGCA